AGGGAGAGUGAGGGACUGUGAGCGAGCCGAAGGGAGGGAGGGGGGAGGGUGAGGAUAGCAAGUCAGGGAUGGGGGAGAUCGCCGAGUGGUUGGAAGUGUUACUACAGAGCUGCUGGAGGACGGGCUGGGAGCCGAAGGAUAAUGCUCCUCUCCUCGGCGUGCCGGACGCCUCCUGACGCCUCGCGGCGGCGGCGCUCUUCAUCCUUGCAGCAGUGACUGUCUUUUCUUCCCCUCCUCCUCUUCGCCACAGCCUUCUUCUUCUUCAUCAUCAGAUUCCCACUCUCUCGCUCACUCCGUAUUCCUCUGCAACCGCUGGACUCCCCCCCCCUCCUCCCCUUUUCUACUUCUGUCCCCCCUUUUUCCCCAGAGGACGGAUUUCUGUAUUUCAUCAGGGACUGUAGAAGAAAUGUCUCUCUGGGAAUGAUGGCGUUGCCGCGAGUGCCGCCCUCUCUGUCGCCAUGACGAUGCCGUUCAGCCCCCUGUCCAGCGACGAGGAGCAACUGAGGAUGCUGGGAAGUCGGCAUCUCUACCCAGGGGCAGAGGAGGAGGAGGAGGAGGAAGAGGAGGAGGAGGAAAUGGACGAAGAUGAGGGUGAUGUUGACCAGGAGGAGGAGGAGAACGGCGAGCUGGACGGGGAAGAGGAAGAUGAGGAGGAGGAGGAGGUGGUCGAGGAAGUCAGGCGGGGCGGCCUGUCGCGUGUGGGCAGGGGGGAGGGACACAGGCAGCCAGGUAAACCGGCCGGAAGACCCCCCGGGGACAGACAGAUCCGUUCCGGAAACCCCGGACACGCCACCAACCCCUACUCGUCCAAUCCCGCACCCGCGCACCAACCGCCGGCCAAUCACGUACAGCAGCAGCCGCAGAGGAGGUCGAAGGAGCGCAACACCGGCGCCACGUCAUCAGAGGACGCUCACGUCGCCAUGAUGGUGUUUCGCAUCGGCAUCCCGGACAUCAAGCAAACAAAAUGUUUGCGGUUCAACCCAGAUGCCACGGUGUGGAAGGCCAAGCAGCAGGUGCUCUGCUCCCUGACCGAAUCUCUGCGGGACGUCCUGAACUACGGUCUGUUCCAGCCCGCCACGGACGGCCACGACGCCAUGUUCCUGGAGGAGGAGAGGCUGCUCAGGGAGUACCCGCAGUCCUUUGAGAAAGGCGUGCCAUAUUUGGAGUUUCGAUACAAAACCAGGGUGUACAAACAGACCAAUCUGGAUGAGAAGCAGCUGGCCAAACUGCACACUAAGGCCAGCCUGAAGAAAUUCAUGGAUUAUAUUCAAACCAGCGCUGUGGACAAGAUGGCCAAGUUCUUAGACAAGGGCCUCGAUCCCAACUACCAGGAUGCCGACACCGGUGAGACUGCCCUGUCCUUGGCGGUGCAGUGUGAACCGGGCGGAGGUGAGGCCAUCCGGGUCCUGGUGGAGGGAGGCGCUCACAUUGACUUCCGCGCCAAAGACGGACUCACACCUGUUCACAAAGCUGUGCGAGGCCACCGCCAUACAGCCCUCCUGGUCCUUUUGUCCCUGGGUGCGUCUCCGGACUACAAGGACCGGCGAGGGCUGACGCCGCUCUACCACACUGUGCUGACGGGGGGGGACACCUCCUGCUGCGAAACACUGCUUUACCACCACGCCAAACUAGGCAUCAGGGACGAGAACGGCUGGGACGAGACACAUCAGGCCUGUCAGCACGGGAACUCGCAGCAUCUGGAGCACCUCCUCUUCUACGGGGCGGAUUCUUCCUCCCAGAACGCCUCUGGAAACACUGCCUUGCACAUCUGUGCUUUGUACAACAAGGAAAGCUGUUCACGAAUUCUGCUCUAUCGGGGAGCAAAUAAAGAAACAAAGAACAACAAUGGGCAGACCUGCUUUCAGGUGGCUGUUAUGUCCGGCCAUUUUGAACUGGGAGAAAUUAUCAAAAACCACCGGGACACCGAUGUGGUUCCCUUUGUGGAGUCUCCAAAGUUUGCCCCCCAGAGGCGGGAGAGCACCCGCACUCUGACAAUACCCCACCCUCACCCUUUCCUCCGGGCCAACAGUGACAGCAGCAUGAACCUUCCCGACUGGAUGGCGGUGCCCAACGCCCCAGGGACCAACAUCGUCUCCGUGCAGGGCUACAAGCACACAGGAGCCCUGCGGAGCUCCAGCAGUCCCAGAGGGGCGAGGACACGUUCCCCGUCCCGGGGGAGGAUCGGAGACAAGGAGGACCGGAGCAGGCAGAGCCGGAGACAAGCGCCGGCCCCCGCCAGCGCAGCCGGGCAAACCGCGGGCCAGCGGAGGCGCCUCUACAGCGCGCUGCCAGGACGGGUCUUUGUGGCCACGCGAUCGCACUCGGCCCAGGGAGAGCGGGAAAUCAGCUUCAGUAAGGGAGACCGGGUCAAAGUGCUGAGUGUUGGCGAGGGCGGGUACUGGGAGGGAACGGUCAGGGGUCGCACGGGUUGGUUCCCCUCCGACUGCGUGGAGGAAGUGAUGCUUCGGAGCCAAGACAACCGAUCAGAGAGCCGCGGAGAACGAGCCAAAAGGCUUUUCCGCCACUACACCGUGGGAUCCUACGACAGCUUCGACGCCCCCAGUGACUAUAUAAUCAAGGAGAAGUCAGUGCUCCUGCAGAAAAAAGACAGCGAGGGUUUCGGCUUUGUGUUGCGAGGUGCCAAAGCUCAGACUCCUAUUGAGGAGUUCACCCCGACCCCGGCCUUCCCCGCCCUGCAGUACCUGGAGUCAGUGGACGAGGGAGGCGUCGCCUGGAGGGCGGGUCUCAGGAUGGGGGAUUUCCUGAUAGAGGUCAACGGACAGAAUGUGGUGAAAGUCGGUCACCGACAAGUUGUCAACAUGAUCCGGCAAGGUGGCAACAGCCUCAUGGUGAAGGUAGUCAUGGUAACCCGAAACCCUGACAUGGAGGAGGGUUCGAGGAAGAAAAUCCCCCAGCAGAGUAAGAGGCUGAACACUCCCGCCAUCGCCCUAAGAUCCAAAUCCAUGACUUCAGAGCUGGAGGAGAUGGUGGAGAGAGCUGCUACCCCGUGGAAAAAAAAAUCAGAAUUCGAAUCCUCACAAGUUACAGAGAAGAAGAGGACAGUCUAUCAGAUGGCUUUGAAUAAACUAGAUGAAAUUCUUGCAGCAGCUCAGCAGACAAUCAGCACCAAUGAGGCACCGGGGACACGGGGACAGGGGCCAAAGAGAGACAGAGGACGGAGUUUCUACGGCAAUGAGCCGAACUACGCCGAUACGUCCGGGAUGGGGAUGGUGCCGUCGGGGCUGGGCCUCGGCUACGACCGCGGCCUGUACAACUCAGGUCACGGCCCAAAGCACGGUAUGCGGCGGCAGAAAUCCAUCGGCGUGCCUGAGGAGGAGAGGCAGUCGCUGCACCCUCCGGCCGUGAAGUUCGCCCGCAGUCUGUCUGUGCCCGGCCCGGACGACAUCCCUCCCCCUCCCACCACGGCGCCGCCAGAGCCUCCGUUCUCCUCCGCUCCGCCGCUGGGCUGGAGGGCAAAGCCGUCCCAGCAGCCCGUCUCCGUGUCCCAGUCCACCUCGGCGCCCGCCCACUACCAGCCGUACUCCCAGGCGGCGCAUUUCGCCCAUGGCGGGAGGGAAAGGUCGGGCAGUUCCGGCACGGGCCCCGGUGGUGGAGCGGUGGACCACGGCACCGCUUACGCACACGCGACCGGCCACACUGUUCAAAGCAGGGCUGCUUCGCGAAAAGUCGCCUACUCGGGGGAGGCCGGCGGAGCCGGCGCGGGGGCCGGCGGGGGGGCAAAGAGCGCGGGGCUCAGGAGAGGCUACAGCAACGCCGUCCUCCCGUCCAGCGUUGCCACCGCGAUGCCCCAGCAGACUACGCAGAGCCAACCCCAGCGCGCCGACCGCGGCGCUGGAGCGGCAGGCGGCGGUCCCAGGGGAGGGGCCAGGAGAGGCAAGGGACCACUGGUGAAACAGUCCAAGGUGGAGGACCUGCGCGCGGGCCAGGGCACCCUCGGGGGGAAAGGCCCGGUGGAGAAAAGCUCCAUCCCCAUCCCCACCAUUAUCGUCAAGGCGCCCUCGACCAGCAGCAGCGGACGCAGCAGCCAGGGCAGCAGCGUGGAGGCCGACGCUCCUGCAUCAGGAGAGGCGGACGACGCCAAAGCACCCUACGGCCCUCCUCCCUCGGCGCCCGGUCCACAGCCCCCGGCCCCGCCCUCCGUCCCGGCGCCGCCGCCUCCCUACCUGCCUUCUGUGCGAGCCUCCCAGGACAACCUGGACUUCACGAGCCAGUUUGGGGCGGCCAUUGUCGGCGCCGCUCGCCGGGACAGGGAGCGGCUGCACGAAGCUCGCCGAAAGAGUGCCUCCUUGUUCAUGUCCGCCGAGGAGGACGUGAGCGUCGGGGCGAGCGACGGGACGACGAGGACUCAAGUGUCACAGCAGCAGCAGCUCGGCGCGCAGCCCGAGGGUUCAUCCACGCGGCUCCGCCCGUCCAAGUCCAUCGACGAGGGCAUGUUCUCCGGGGACACUUUCAUCCACCACACCCGCAGUAUGCCCCCCGCCUUCGGCCUCCCCGAGUACUCCUCGCCUGCCCUGGACUAUCAACCCAAGUCGAUGCCCACCGACUUGUACACGGCGGCGGGCAGGCAGCCGGCGUCCUCCGGCACGACCACCUUCAUUCACCCGCUGACCGGGAAGGCCCUCGACCCCACGUCGCCGCUCGGCCUCGCCCUGGCCGCCAGGGAGCGCGCCCUGCGGGACGACAGCAGGCUGAGGAGGGGGACCGAACACCACUUCAGCCGCCAGAUGUCGAGCGCCGCGUUCCCCUCGUCGACGGUCAACUCCCAGCCGGUGUCGUCCACCGCCCAGUCCUCCAGCUCCUCUUACCUGGUCACCUCGUCCUCUCUGGCCGCCACCACGGCCUCCGUCGGUCGCCCGCCGUCGCCCAGGAUCCUCAGAGGAGGCGGCGGCAGCGUGUGGAGUGAGGAAGGCGGCGGCGGGGACAGGGAGCGCGAGGGAGGAGGGGCUCGCGAGGGGCUCCGAGUUCGCUUCUCCGAGGACAAAACGGUCCACACGCACCACUACCAGUCGCAACCGUACCAGCCGACGUACAAGGAGAGGGAGCGGGACAGGUCGAGGGAGCGGGACAGGUCGAGGGAGCGGGACAAAGAAAGAGAGGAUUACAUGAGGAGGGCGGAGCAAGCUGCCGCCGACGCGUCCCUCCCCCAUCCGCCCGGGAGACCCUCCUUUCUCAGGAUGGAAAAUCAAGCGGACGCCUACAUCCUGUCCCUCACCCCUCCCUCGCCUCCACCUAAUGGUUCUCAGCCGACAGCGAACACCACCGGGAGCGCUGGGACUGGGCUGAUGGUCCUCCCCCCCCCCGCCCCCUCGAUUGACGCCGACGACGAGUUCGUCUACGCCGACCCUCUCCCGCCUCCGCUGCAGUUUGCCAACAGCUUCGACCGGGGCACGGGGGGGUUGUCCGGGUACUCGCCACACGGGAUGCGCGCAAACAGCUCGACGUCCCGCCAGCAGCCGGUCCCUCCGCCUCCUCCUCCCCCACCCCCUCCCCCGGCCCCCAUUAAAGACUCAUUUGGAGGUGGGUUUCACGCUCACACCCCCUUGCCCUCCCCUCAGGCAGGAGACUCCACCGCCUCCAGCCUCACGUCGUACGACAGCGAGGUGGCGAACCUCACGCAAUCCGCUGCCUCCCCAUACCAAACGUCGCCCAACCCCCUCCCGCCGCCGCCUCACUCGCCCUCCACCCUGCAGCCCACCUCGUCAACGGGACCUCCACCUCCACCGUCGGUCUCCCCGCCACCCCCGCCGGGGUCCUAUCACAGGCCCUUCUCCGUGUCCCACCCCCACCACCUUUACAACAGCUCACACGCCCCUGGGCGCUCUUCGCCCACGCCUCUCCCGCACACCGUCGCACCUCCCCCGGGCUACCGCGGUACCCCGGCACCGGCCUCGACCGCCGCCGCCGCCACCUCCGCCGCGCACCGGGGCACCUUCUCGCACGCCGUGACCGCUAGCUGUGCCGCUGCCACAACGUGCACCUCCGCUCAGCUCUACCAGGAGCGCGCACACGCCGCACACGCCGCAUCCUCCACUGCCACCACGGGGAGUCGCAGGUCAGGGGAGCACCACCGUCCUCACCCUGCUGCCACGAAAGGAGAGUCCCAGGAGACGGUGGUGGACUCUGGGAUCGAGGAGCUGGACAGCCGCAGCAGCAGCGACCACCACCUGGACAGCAUCCUGGCCAGUGUCCGGGGAGACAGGCUGGACCGGGCGGAGAGGGGAGGACGGACGGGAGGAGGGGGGACGGGGGAAUCACAAAGGGGAGGGGAUUUUCUGGAGUCUUACAUGAGCUACCUGGACGGACAAACCUUCGAGAUGCAGAACGCCACGGCAGCGGCGUCCACCUACCCGAAGGCGAACAGGUUCAGAGAGGGAGGUCGGACCAGCACCGCCCCCGCUUCCUUCCACUCCCACAGGCGCAGGGACGAGCAGGACGACGACGAGGAGGGGGUGGACGACAGCAGCCGCGACGGGUACACGGGGAGGGACGUGCAGAACCUGGGACGUCCAAUAUCGCCGUACUUUGAUCGCCCCCGCACCCCGGAGACGAAGCCCCACUGGGGCGACGGGCAAAUGGCGGCUGACCAGUCCGCGGCGAUUCUAGAGGGGAAAAAGGUUUACCCCCCCGCGUCCAGUAUGAAGCCCAGCAUCAUAAAUGAGCUGAGCAGCAAACUGCAGCAGAGAACCAAGGACGGCUGGAGCAGCCAGAGCCCUCUGGGCCGACACAGGUACACAUUCUCAGAAGAUUCGGCCUCGGCUUUGAGUCCUCCGUCGGCUCGAUCCCUGUCCCCGUCUCCGAUUUCGUUAUCGCAGCCGUCGCUGUCCCCGUCCCCCACCCCCGCCUCCCAGUACCCCAACUGGGGACGCUCGCCGUCCCCUCAGCCCCCAGCUGCGUCUCAGCCUCCUCGUUCGCAUUCCCCGAUUUCCCCCACGUCCUACGCCCCGUAUCCCACUUCCCCGAAACACAGGCCCGUCUACCGGACCAAAGCCCUGGAAUUCCAGUUCAUCCCCAGCCGCGAGUCCCGCAAAGCAGAGUCGCACAUGUUCCAGCGCCGCAGGGCGCCGAGUCCCCUCAUCUCCCCGUCGGAGAGGCCCAAGCUGGGUCCGCCGCGGCCGUCGUCCCUCCCGCUGCUGCCCACCACACCCCUCUACAGCGCCAUGUACGACCUGCGGGGCUCGAUCACGCCGCCGUCCCCGGGGAACCCGCUCGGGGACCCGUACUUCUCGCCCUCCCCUCCGCUGUUCGCGCCCUCGGGCGCGCCGCCUCCUCCCAACUCGGCCCUGGUCGUCUCUCGAUCCCUUUCUCCCACUCACUUCCUGUCCGGGGCCUCCUCUCCGCCGAUGCACCCCCACCCUCCGCCCACAUGCCUGAGUUACCCCCACCUGCCGCCACCUUCCCCCACAAAGCCUUUCGCCUCCAAGCCGCUGCCGUACUGGACCAAGUACGACGUCGCAGACUGGCUGGGGUACCUGAACCUGGGGGAGCACAGGGAGCGUUUCCUGGACAACGAGAUUGACGGCACCCACCUGCCCUCCCUCACCAAGGACGACUUUCUGGAUCUGGGCGUGACUCGCGUUGGCCACCGAAUGAACAUAGAGCGGGCCCUCAGGACCGUAUUGGACAGGCUGGCCAGUAGCCCGUUUCCCAUUUUGGUUCUGUCCCCUCGGGAAGGUCCGACUGAGAGGAGGAGGGAUGACGGGAGCCGCAGCUGAGGUUGCAGAAGGCAGAAAAACGUCGAGAUGGAGAGUUGGAAAGGGGGUCGGAGUCAAAGAGGGAGGAAGACACAACUGCUACUAUCCAUCGUGGAUUCACACAACAAGUGUGUCUGUGUGUGUGUAUGGGGGGGGGCAGAUUUCACACAGAGAGCGACAGUGAGAGGGAAUUAAGGCCCAAAGGGAGACGGAGACACAGGGAUGGAAAAAGGGCUGAGGAUCCUCAACAACUCCCGCUGUGGCAGGCUGACAGACGCGAGUACGUCCCCCACAUGCAUGCACUGUCACGCAGACACACACACACCUAUCUAAAACGUGCGCGAGGACACUGUGGCUGCAGCAGAUCUUCCAAGUAAAGAACAGCGAUGAAAUCGAGCCAAAUACUAAAGCGGAGCGAUCGUAGGCCGGCUGGAUUCAAACACCCCUCUCACCCGUCAGCUGGCGGGUAGAAUCCGUUUGAGCCACCAACGAUACUUUGAUCAGUGAAAACUCCAAUGUGAAGUCCCGAAACGUGUCUGAACAUCACUGCGGAUGAACUGAGAGCGAACGCUGGCGGGUGUCUGUACGUGCAAAGCUUUUUUGUGCCUGGAUGGCGGAUGUACAGCACGACGCGAGGUCAGAAACGUCGUGGCCGCGUCCCCGUCUGUCACCGGAGGGGACGAGGGCGCAGACGGAUGACUCUGACUGGCUCUGCGUUCCCAUGGGUUACGUCUCCUCACUGCAGGUCCUGUGCUCAGAAUCGUUUGUUUCUCUCUAGCUCUUUAUCAUCUUAAGUCUUAUCAUGAAAUACAUAUAUACAUAUAUGUGUACAGGAUAUAUGUAUAUAUGUAUGUGUAUAUGCAGACUGGUCACUGUAUCACACAUUUGUAGCAAAAAUAAGUGCCCAGACCGACAGAAUAAUAAAAAAUAAAAAAAAGAAUCACAGUUACACUCACAGACACCUGAGUUACGACUUUACCUGCCUGCAUGCAUACACCAACAUAUAGACACACACACACAAGUGAUUGCAUUAAGAGUUAAUGGGACACGUAUAUAGACACACUGUAUGUUUGGAUCUAAAAUACACGUAUACAAAAGGAGACAUACUGUGCUUUCACCUGUGAGACCGCUCACGUGACCAUUUGAAGAGACCCCCCCCCCCUUAAGUCCACAAAGACCUUCCAUCUGAAGGAGACCGCAAAGGAGAGGGGAGGGGAAGAGGAAAAACUGCCAUUUUCUUGCUUUUCCCCACUAACCCCCCCCCCUCGACAGAAUCCCCAAGGAAACAAGCAGCCACCUGUCUCGAGGGGAUUGGAGAAAAAGGCUUAUAUCAAGUUUUAAUACUAUGAUUCUUCUUACAAUUUUUAAACUUUAAAAUGAGAAAUGGAUUACUAAUAUUGAUAUGAAGAGAUUUAUUGUUACUGUUUAUCAUGACUUUCAUCGUCCUUACUGUUAUUUUGACUUCAGAGUUCCUGCCCCCUGCCUUUGGUUGCUGAGGCUGUCAAGGUGUUUUCUGACUUUGUGACAGACGUAACGGCUGUUGAUAUAAAAAAAUGUGUUCUUAUAUAUAUAUAAGUAUUUUUGAACUGAAAGAUGCAUAUUAUUUUGUGCACAGAACCCUUGACGUCGUCUCUGUCCAGAAGCAUUGCAGCUUUUGACAUGAAGCACAUUUCACACGCUGCUUUAUUCAUGGCCUCAAAUGAUUUCCUCCGUUUGAAGUGAUUUGUCACUUGAUCUCAUGCGGAUACUGAAAGUGUCGCAGCCGGGAAGGGAAAACAAUGUAUUCAUUUAUUUAAAGCAAGGCUAUAACAUGUAUUGGAUGCUGCCCCCCUUCCGUUUAACUGAUCACAUAAAUCACUCCUUUUCCAUAUCUGAAUGGGUCUUAAGACACUGCACAUCCACGUCUCAUCAGGAAUGAUUAUAUUCUCACUGUUGAUCAAAUAUAAGGGCUCUCCCAUGACCCCCCCCCACCGUUCACACGUCACCUCUCCUACUGCUUUGGAGUCCUCCAACACGUCGCGUGUCAGAUUAGUUUAAUCUGCCCAUAGAUCAUGUGCACGUAAACAAGGGCGUGUGAAUGAGUAAAAGUGAUGUUUAAAUACAAAGGAAAUAGCAACAAGGACGAUAAAAACAGUGGUUAUCUAAUGGUUUAAGAUGUUUAAAAAAGUCAAAAGUUCUAAACAAUCUCUGUCUUCCAAAGGUUUAACAUGAAAAGGUACGAUGUAUUUAACCGAUGUGCUUUCUAUACAGUUUGACCUUUUCUCCACACCGUGUCCCUUCCUGUCAAGAGACCAGACAGCAUCAACCAUGUGCUUCUCAUUUUGUUUGUACAACACACCUGUUCAUAACAGUAUUAUGCAAAGGCCCUUUUUACAUUAGUAACUGGCUUUUCACGUUUCCCUUUAAAUGGUUUUGAAGCAAGCGUUCAGCCAAAGGAAGAGUUUCUGCAAGGACGGACGAGCAGAAUGUGGCUUCUUUCCUCAUCGCACUGCCAAAUUCUGCUUGUCCUUCAGGGCUUUAAAAGGUCUGCUGGCGUGAAUGAGGUGAAACAGUAAACUUACAGAAAGUCUGGAUAUUACAUUAUGAGAUUCAUUUAGAAGGUUAAAAUAUGGUGGCUGUUAAUUGCCAACGAGAGCAAUCGGUCAGACUCUAUAGAAAACAUUUUUCCUUUCAAGAGAUCUUUAAAAGAAAGUAUGAAUUGAUGAAAGCUAAUUUACAGAAUAUAUGUAUAUGAAAUGCAUAUACACAUUCAUAUAGAUGUAUAUGAAUUUCAAAUGUUUUAAGAGAUAAUACAUUGUUAGAAUUAUAAUAAAGAUACAUAAAGUUCUAA